GAUUGGUUGAAAUUACCAUUAACGAAGGAAAUUGAUUGGACACUUACAGCGGCAUGUUGCCUAGUAUCAUCAAGCGGUAACACGUUUGUGAUGGGUGUUCCUUAAAGAAAACUGAUGAUGAAAAUGGAAAUAAGAUAGCAAAAAUCCCCACACGUUAACAUGGGGGACCCAAGGUUAUAUGCUGGUAUGGAGGAUGUUUCCUUGAAGAAACAGUUGCCUUUAAGACAAACUGCACAGAAACCUAUGCUUAAGUACCAGCCAGUUGCUAAACAGUUACAUGCCUUCCAUCAGUCAGAUAGUGUAUAUUCACCUAAUGAUGUCCACCAUUCCUACAGCAAUCUUAGUCAGGCAUCAGACAUUGAACCAAUGGUACCAGCACCCUUUAGGAUCAGUCGGACCAAUCACUCUGUUUCUAGUUACAGACAGGGAGGUCAGACUUACGUUUCACCAAAUAACAUUGGAAAGCCAGUGCCACCUGCUAAAAGUAAUACUAAUCCUUAUGCUCGCCCAUUGAGUGCCAAAGAUAUUGUAAAUGAUCUUCAGAAUCAGCAUUCACAGAAAAUUAAAAAAAAUAAAAGUGCCCUUCAAGUUAAUCCUGGCCAAAGUCAAGUGCCUUUUCCAGUUAAUUCUUUUAUGCGACCACAAAGUGCAAUUAAGAAAGAGGCACCUAUAACAAAAGAAAUAGUAUCAAGACUAAAUGAGAACAGACUAAAUGAGAACAACAACCGUGAGCAAUCAUCAUCAUCUAGUGGAUCUAGAACUAGUCAAACGUCAACUCCAGUCUCGGAAACUUCCAAAUCAUCAUCUGUACUUAAAACUGUCACUUCAAAUUUAAACUUAAUGAAUGGACAGGUCACAACUAUUGAGACUAAUGGUACAACUGUUAUUCAGAAAGUUACACCACCUGCAAACUUCAGUGCUCAAAUUAACAACAUUAUCACUAAAGUGACGGAGAAUCCAAAAAUAAUUCAAAAUGGACAAACGAAACCUGUUGUCAGACAAGUGUCUUCUAUACCCAAGCCUGGAAGUGCUAGCAAUUCAAACUCAAGUAAAUCCUCUACCCCAGAAUUGCCUUCAAAAGUUCGUAAUCUGAAUUACACACCAACAAAGCCUUAUUAUGAAGUGAUGAACCCACCCUUUGAUGAAGAAGUUGUGCAAAAUAAAACACAGGGCAAUAAGCCACUACAGACAACUGCUACAACUGUCACACCUCCAGCUGAACCAAAACCCAAAAGCAUAACAAACAGUGUCUCUGCUACUUAUGUCAAGACUUCUACCAUUGAAACUAAAUCUAAUGGUGGCAGUAAUACCAUUGCAAAUAAAUCUACUAGUGGCAGCAAUACCAUUGAAAAUAAAUCUAAUAAUGGAAGCAAUACAAUGUUUUAUAGAAAGGGAUCAAAAUCUGAAGAAUUGUUGCACGAACAGCGACCUCCAGCUGUAGGGAGUCCAACAAAAGCAAAACAGAGAGAAAAAUUGGAGAAAGUUGAUAGGACAGAAGAAGGUGCUGAGGAUGAUGGAGAAGAAGAUGAAGAUUCAGUGCCUGGAGAGAGAUUUCCUGGUGAUGGAGAAGCCAGCGAUGAUUUGGACGAUGAUGAUGACGAUGAUGUAAUUGACUGUUUAGAAGAUGAUAAUGCAGGAGGAUCGGAGGGUGAAUCUGAUGGUUACUCCAUUACAAGUAGUUUAUCUAGAAGGUCAUCAUCAGGAUUGUCAAGGUCAAAGUCAGCAAGACAAAUAGGAACAGUAAGAUCUGUCAGUUCUACCAGUGCAGAUGAAGUGUCCGUCCGACCAGUGUCCACCACCCGUCCACAAACAGCUGUUGUUAAAACUGUGAUAAAGCAACCUCUGACUAAAAGUUUGUUUCCAGGGGUACCACCAACUAUUAACUUUGUUGUGGAAGGGGAAAAAGUUGAACAACUACCAUGGGAAUAUCGAAGACUUAUGAAAUGGAGAAUGAGUCCCAUAACACCUAAUAUAGUUAAACACAGUCUAGCUAGGAUUGGUUUUAGAAUUACUAAACGUAAUCAUGACUGGUUAGGAUGUUGGGGAAAACACAUGAAAUCUCAGGGAUUUAAAGGAAUAAAAGAAUGGCAGAAGCUUAACCAUUUUCCAGGAACAUUCCAAAUUGGUCGUAAAGACAAACUAUGGAGGAAUCUAUCGAAAAUGCAGUUGCAUUUUGGAAAGAAAGAGUUUGGGUUUUUCCCUCAAACUUACUGUUUACCUUAUGAUAACAAAUUACUGAAACGUGCCUGGGAAGAUGGAGGAAACAAACAGAAAUGGAUUAUUAAACCUCCUGCCUCUGCUAGAGGGAUAGGAAUUAAAGUUAUACACAAAUGGAACCAAAUUCCCAGGAAGAAAUCAGUGAUUGUCCAGAAGUAUUUAGGCCGACCCUACCUCAUCAACGAAAGUAAAUUUGACAUGAGAGUGUAUGUUUACGUCAGCAGCUAUGAUCCACUCAGGAUCUACGUGUUUGAAGAUGGUCUAGCUAGGUUUGCUUCAUGCAAGUACUCCAAUUCCAUGAAGAAUUUGAACAACAAGUUCAUGCAUUUAACGAACUACAGUGUAAAUAAGAAGAAUGCUGAUUACCAGGCUAAUGGGGAUGAAGGAGUUUGUCAGGGACAUAAAUGGGGAUUAAAAGCUUUGUGGAAUUACAUGAAGAGACAAGGGAUCAACACAAAUGCCAUAUGGGAUAGUAUUAAGGAUUUAGUAGUGAAAACUAUUAUAUGUGCUGAAUCUCCUAUCAACAGUUUAAUUAAGUCUAAUAGUAAGAGUAAAUACUGCUGCCAUGAACUGUUUGGUUUUGAUGUCAUGUUGGAUGAAAGUUUGAAACCAUGGAUUCUAGAAGUGAAUAUUUCACCUAGUCUUCAUUCAAAUUCUCAGCUUGACAUUAAUAUCAAGGGACACAUGAUCCGAGAUCUAUUUAACAUUGCUGGAUUCCGAAUACCAGACAAGACAGAUGUCUCACACAGCAGUGCUCCAGGAACAAGUGCUACAGAAUUUAGUUCUUACCAUCCCCCAAAUGAUUACUGUAUGGACAAACGACUAUUUACACAACAGAUGGCGCCAGAUGAGAGAGCCAAGCAUGCCUUCUACUGCCAAAGACACCAAGAUGAUCAAACUCUACAAACAAUGUUAGAUGUUUUAACACCAGACGACAUGAGAGUUUUGAUUGAGAGUAUAGACGAAGACAGUCGGAAAGGGGGUUUCCAGAGGGUAUUCCCCACACCUAGUACUCACAAAUACCUACGAUUCUUUGAAUCAGCGAGGUAUUAUAAUUUACUGUUGGAUCAGUGGGUGCAGAGAUUUAACAGAAUGGAACAGAAAGGUAUACUAAUUCUGGAAUCAUUUUGUGAAGAAGGUGUUCAUUUAGAAAAUCCAUCAUCUAGCCCUCAUCAUCAGUGGAGUUCUCCCAAUAGUCUAAACAGUCACAGAGAUUUGAGAAUGCAGAGUGCUCCAUUGUCCAAACACGCAGAGAGUAAGGACCCAAAGUCAGUAAAACACAGUGCUUCAUCCUCACAGCUGCCAAAAGUUUCUAAAAAGCCUCCCAAGGCACCAGUGCAUGCAUCCAGUCACACAUCACAAAAUGGUUCUGUGUCACUCAGCACAACCCCGUCUCCCUCAUAUGCCCAGUCACCUGCGCCUAGUUACGCAAACGCUAAAGUGACCGUCAAUCCAAGAUGACUGGCGGUCCGCCUGCCCCCGCUUAAAGAUAUAUUUAAUGGAAGCUUGCCCAUGUUCACCUCACGUCGUUAUCAGCGCCAAGUCAAGUCAACUACAGUCUCUCGCAGUACUGAAUCUGGUGCUCGCAGUGUAGACCCAAGCGAGACUAGAAAAGAAGGAAGGAAAUUUCAAGCUAAGAAAUUUGAAGAUUAUUUCUAUUGACUAUCAGAGACAACAGUUGGCUUGUUCACACCUCAUGUUGACCUUGUCAUUGACCUUGUCAUUGUUCACAUUUUAGUUUGUCCUUUUUAUGUGUAUUUAUUUAUUCCACUAUCUCCCACCAGUUACUGUUGUAGAGUUAUGAGAGAAGACUUUACAGAUCAAAACAUUGUAAUAAAUACUAUAUUAAAUAAAAUAAUAUUGGAUAAACAGCUUAUCUUCAAUAUAACCGUAAAACACAACUAUAGUGAAGCUGACAUGAAUAUUGUCUUUAAAGAAGAUGCUAUUUUUAUAAAAAUUGGCCAACAUGUAAGUACUAAAUCACUUUUAAGGUGUCAUUUAUAUAACAAUGUUAUUACAUCUAGUACGAUGUUAUUGAAAAUGAGACUAAAUUAUGUCCUAAUCACUGGCUGUAAUCAUGAAAAAUGUGAUUUAUUUUAACCUCAGUCAGAAAAAGCAAUUUUCAUUUGUUCAAAUAAGUUAUUUCUUUGAAAAAAAAAUCAGAUUAUUCAAUUAAUAUUGCUGGUCAAGGUAAGAAGAUAGCUUGUCAAGGGAGAUAAUUGAUCAAACUUCAUUUCUUGACAGACUAAAUUGCAAAACAAAGAUAAGAUCAUAUCUCAGAAAAAAAAUAAAAUCAUUUAACUGAAGACUACUUACAUUUGGUUAUUAUAUAAUUUCAACAGCAAAACUAUUGAUUCCUAAGAAUAAUUUGACAGUGUUUUGACUAAGUGAAGUCUUUUCCCAUUAAGUACAGUAUUAUGUCGGUGUUAAAUGUAUAUAAUGUAUUGUGAUGCUCAGCACACAAUAAUACAACUAUCUGGUGCAGUAUGAAUGAGAGAUGAAAGUUUAGUGUCCUGUAUUAAACAUAUUUUAUAGGUAUGGCCUUAGAAUGACACUGAUUAUGUUUAUAUAUAUUCUCAGGGUUUACUAAAAAGCUAUCAUUCCAAAUUGUAUUUCAAUUUUACGAUAUAACAUAGAUUUAAUAAGAGAAGUUUGCUCAACUUAUGGCACAGAGAGUAAUUUAGUUUCGUUCUUUUAAAGUUGGAUAAAAACUGCAUUCCAGGAAAUAGUGAAGUUUCUCAGCAGAAAGUUUAAAUCAUGAGCAGUCAAAAAUUUCUCCUUAAAUUUUUUGAAUAAUAGCCUACAAAAGGUUGUUUUAUGACACACCUACAAUAGUAAUAAGUUUGAAUCUCAUGGGUGUGUAGCUCCGAGAUGUCACCUGAUUUAGGAAUAUGAUCUUUCUCUCGUAUUAAAUGUCUCUGAUAUAAAAGUUUUUAGAAGUGUUUUAUUGAAAUGGGAAAUGUAAAAAUGUUUAGAUGAUAAUUUAUUUGUAAAUAAAUCCUGUUCAUGAAUGCUAUGGAGACUGAAUGAUUGAAUGUUUGAAAUAUAUGAAGAAUACAUGUAUUAUAUGAAUAAAAGAAGGAUUGUAGAUUGUAGAGAGUAGGAAGAGUAAUGACUAAGGUCAUGUUAAAGUUGAUGUAUAUUGUGUACAUAUAUUUUACUGUUUUAAUAUGGAUUGUACACCAGAAAUGGGACCAAGUGCUUUUCAAAAGAAUUUUACUGCAAACAUGCUGUUACUAAUUGAUUGUUUAUAAAGUAUCACUUAAUGCAUAACUUUUGUAAUAUAAAAACUUCUGAACCUCAGUUUUGUUUCAAUACAUUUACUUUAUGAAAUUGGCAAAUUAAAACAAUAUUAUUGCAAGGACUGCUGUUUAACGUAAUGUGACAUCCUUACAACUUUACGCAGAAUUUAGCUAUAGUUUAGAGAUUAGUUACAACGUUUAAUGGUCAAAUGAGAGCAAUCUGCUUUAGUUUGGAGGAAAAGUAUUCAUCUCAUAUUUUAUUGAAGAAAGAAAUGUAUUGGAAUAAACACACUAUGUCAUCACUAGCUGUUAUAACCUUUGUCAUCUGAUCUUGUUAUGACCUUUGUCCUCUGACCUUGUUAUGACCUUUGUCAUCUGACCUUGUUAUGACCUUUGUCAUGUUUAUUGUGUUUUUUUAAUUUGGGAAUCAAAAUUGUUCAAUAAUUUAGUGAAAUUUGGAUUAUGAAGAAUAACAUUAAAAAACUGGUACAAAAUUACGGUUCAGUGAUACUUAAAGCUUGUCAAGCAUAAAUCAAACAUUCCUACCAGAAUUCAAAGUUAUGUCAAACAUUCCUCUCUUAAACUGCAGCACACUGAUAUUUUUAUGUUUGUUGAUGUUAUUUUAUUUACAUAUUUUUAAUGGUAUAUGUAUUCAUGUUUACAUCAUUUUAAUCUGUUACUUUUAAGGUGCUAUAUCUAGAAUAGUUAUCCAUUUGUUUUAUAUGUAUCAUUACUACACACAACACAUUCACAUAAAGUUGGGCACACAAUUCCAUCAAAUAUGUUUGGGGACAGGCGGGUAUGAAACUAGCUAAACAGUUUAGCCAUUUGACUUUUUCUGUUGUAUAUUUUUGUUUAUUUGUAAUACCUUUGAUAUGUAGAAUUAGGGAAUUAAUCAAACUUCAGGGUUUUUAAGAACAGGGUUCAAAUUGUACUGCUGUUAUUUGUUACUAAUUAUUGUUUGAGAUAUCAGGUAGCUAGUUGGACGAUUCAGGUUAAAAUGAUAAAAGAAUAAUUUCAUGUUUCAAAAUACUGUUAUUAGAGAUUUGUUUCUAGGUUACUUUUAUCCAAGAAACAGUAAUGACAUUGUAAAAUUUAAAAAAAGUUCAAAAAAUUAAUGUUAAUUAUUAGCUGAUGAGAUUUUUAAAUGUUUUAUUUUAUUAUGUAACUGAGUUGGUAGAUAGAUAUUAUUUAUUACAUCACUCUCUAUUUAUUUGCAAUGGCCAAGUAAUUUUAAUUUGUAGAUUUUUUUGUCAUCUAUAUGUAAACAAUAGUUUUAGUAUGAAGAUACUAUUGAGAUUUAUUUGACCACAAUAUUUACAAUUAUUUGCUUUUAGAUGAUCAUCUUCGCUAGCCAAGGGUUAAGUUCCACUCCCGUUUCUCUCCACCUGGUGGUUUAAGCCAACAUUUGUGAUUACAAUAUUGAGCCAUCUAUCAGAAUAUUAAAGUCACGCCCAUUCUGAAUACAUUGUUCAUGACCAUUGGUAGCACUUGAACUCUUCAAUUGGAAGAUAAAAACACGGUAGAGCCUAGAUUCUACACACUUGGUAAUGCAGGAAACAAAAAUAUACAUCAAAAUUCAUGCAUUUGUGCAAGAAAUAUACAAAGGAACUUCUAUUAGUCGAUUAAAAAUAUUAAAAUUUUCACUGUAUGUGGUCAUAUGUUUAGGGAUGUGAAGACUUGUUGCACAAUAAACAUGUGGCAAUUGUUUACAAACACUUUCUACAUUUACAAGUGAUCAUGUUAUAGGCGCUUUUUGAUUGGAUGCAGCGAGUUUCGACUGCAACCAAUAAAAAUCUUUACCUUGUGUCUCCAAAAUUUUAACUCAAUCCGCCAAGGGUGGAUAGAGCGGGAGUGGAUCAUAACCCUUGGCUAGGGAAGAUGUAAGAUGAUAGACCAAAGAUGAGAAUUAAGUUGUGAUAAGUCUGUUAGUACUAACUGAAUUAUACAGUAUGUUAGUACAACUCGUAUACAGUGUACUUAGAGAAUUUCUGUGAUAACAUUGUGUUCUUACCAAUCAUGCAAAAUAUUAUUGAGUAUAGAUAGUAAUCUUUCUGAUGUAAGCCUAGAAAUGAUUGGAUAGAACUGUUCUUAUGAAAGCCUAGAAAUGAUUGGAUAGAACUGUUUUUAUGAAAGCCUAGAAAUGAUUGGAUAGAACUGUGAAAGCCUUCUCACUUAUAGACAUCAAAAUCUUUUUAAAAGUGUGUUAUCCUUUCAUUUUUCUAGAAGCUUCUGUGAUAUAAUGUGCAACCUGAUCACUAGGAGUCUUUUAGUUUGAGAAAGGAGGAUUGAUAAGAGCAAUUAUCUUUCCCUGAUAUUGACAAAAAAAUCAAAAAUUCUGUCUUAAUAUUUUUUUAAUUUCAAUGAUGUUACUGAUAAACAGAUGUAGUGUUUCAGAUGUUGUUUGGUUACUUUGGUGCAGAAAUAUUAGCUGUGUGCAUAUACAAAUUUCUGGCAAAAUUCAAAAUGAACAGCUGCCUCCCCUAAAAGAGAUUAAACCCACUUAUAUCUACUUCAAUGUUUUAGAUCACUUUUGGCAAACUAUUGCUUUUUAAAGGACCAGAUUAAAAUAAGGUAAUUUUCAUAGUUUUUCCUUUUCAAAUUUGAUGCAAAUAUGUUAUUUUAAAUUAAAAACAUAUUAAAGAAAAAUAAAUAAAUUGGGCUGUAACUUUCCAAAAGAAUAAGGUUCCAUGACUAUACAUGCAAUCCAUGACUACAAUGUCAGGAAUAUUAAAAGACCAAAAUCAAAAGAAAAGCUUUAUAUACAUCAUAAAAUACUGUUGUUUCAAAUGUUUCUAAAGGAAAUAUUAAAAUAAUAAUUGGUUCUUGAUACAAAUCUUACUAGUUCAAAACAUGGUUUGGAAAUAUUUUAAAAGAGGAAAAAUCUUAGUCUCAUAUGCAAAUUUGCAUUUAAGAUCUCAAGUACAAUAUAUUUUACAUUCCAUAAUUGAAGGCAUGCACUCAGUGAACAAUUUUGUACCUCCUGAAACCAAACUUCCUUUGUAAGCAUUUGGAUUCUUAAAUUUAACGUAAUUCUAUGUCACUUUCGUUUGUUCUGAGUGAAUAACAGAGGUAAUUGAGGAAGUAUUCAAGUCUAUGAAAGAUCAUUGGUAGAUAAAGAUUUUCAAUAAUUAGCAUCACAGAAAACGAUAUAUGGUGGAUAGCUCAUUGAAUGGAUAAAUACUAAGUCUCAUUAUCUGCUCUGGUUUUGUGCUAUAAAAAUGUUAAUAUGUUUGAAUGAUUUAUUGAAAAAUCUAUAUAAAGUUUUUACUGUUACUAAGAUAGAAAGGAGUUUUGAUUAAUUUGCAAGUCAUUAAAAAUACACAUGUUUUUGAGAUUCUGUCAGGAAUUAUUGCUGGAAGAAGAGCUUGCCAGUUUAUAAGCUAAUGAUGAUAUAGUUUAUACCUUGAACUAUGACCCUGGCAUGAACUAUGACCCUGGUAUAUUGUGAUAAGCUAGUCAUGACAUAUAAUAGAUUGUUUUGCAGAACAGCUGUUAUAAAUUUAAGAAUCAAUCUUUAAGUCAAUUUCAAAAAAAAAAAAAAAAAGUUAUUUUUUAAUGUAGAAUUUUGCAUUUUAGGAUAUAUUUCAAUAAUUUAUUUUUUUCAUUGCGACUUUUAAAUGUCCUGAAUUAAAGCAGUAUAAAGGUUAUCAUACUUUGAAAUCGUUGAUCUUAGAAAUUAAAUGAUAACUCGGUGUUAGUGCCAAUAUAUACAUGAAUUAUCAAUCUAGUUAUUAAAUAAAAUAUUCAGUACACAA